GAUGCGUUCACCUUUUGCCCGACGCGUGAUCGGCGAGGUUCUCCGAAGCCAUUCUGCGGCGGCCUGUUGCUUGGCAACAGUCACCGCCGCCUCAGGGGAGGAUAGUAGCUACAAAGCCAGCGGGGUGGGGGGCAGAAAAACGACGGCAAGUGGAAUCAAGGAGAAAUCGCUCAGCACGCUCACUGGCCACAAAAUUAGGGACCCCGAUCGAGAGCCAGCGAACGACGACCACGACGUUCGAGUCCCAGCUUGAAAGCCGAAGAAAACAUCCAAUUCGUCACUUGGUAGAUUUUUCUUGACACUGAAAAAUGAAGCUGCAAACUUUUUUUUCCCCCCUCCAAAUAUAUUUGUUAACUCAAGGAUGUCACAGGUUUUUUUUUGUGGGGGAUCUCUCUUGUAGUUGCUGGUAUGCAGUGUGUGUGUGUGUGUGUGUGUGAGAUCAAACGCAGAGACAGGAACAGACCGAUACUGAAGGAUAAAGACGUGCAACUGAGAUCUUUCAGCUACGAGGCGGCAGCGGCACUUGUGGUACCGAACUUGGAGAUGGCACGUCCAUGGAGUGUGAAUGGAUUGUGGGUCGUGCUGGUGUUUGUACUGGAUUUACUGGGAACCACAGCCAGCAAUAUGGAGCCCAUCUACUGGAAUUCGCUCAAUGAGAGGUUUCGAGACGAUAAGGGCUACGUCCUUUACCCUCAGAUCGGCGACCGGCUGGACCUGAUCUGCCCUCCGCUCGACACGGCGCGCUCCACGCCCGAGUACGAGUUCUACAAGCUGUACCUGGUGGCGUCGCGGGAGCAGGCGGACCGCUGCGAGGUGACGGGGCCGCCCAACAUCGUGCUGACGUGCGACGAGCCCACGCGGGAACGGCGCUUCACCAUCAAGUUCCAGGAGUUCUCGCCCAACCUGUGGGGCCACGAGUUCAAAAGCCUGCACGACUACUACAUCAUCGCUACGUCGGACGGGACGCGCCAAGGUCUGGACAGCAUGCGGGGAGGAGUUUGUGCCACGCAGGGCAUGAAGGUGGUCCUGAAAGUGGGGCAGAGUCCUUACGGGCUGCCCCCCAAGAAGGAGCCAGCGGGACGUUCCACCAACAGGAACUCAGGGAACUCGACCCAUUCGAGAGGACCCAACACCUUCGGAGGAGGCGAAGGCGGCGGGGAGAACGGGCCGCUGCAGCCGUCCAACAUCGCCCUGAUAGCCGGCGCGGCCGGCGGUUCCGCGUUCCUGCUGCUCGUCACCGCCGUCAUCUGCGUGGUCUGCUACAGGCGGCGGCACGCCAAGCACUCGGACACCCACCACCCGCCGCUGUCGCUGUCGUCGCUCACCAGCCCCAAGCGGGGCGGCGGCGCCGGCGGCGUGGGCAGCUCCAACAACAACGGCUCCGAGCCCAGCGACAUCAUCAUCCCCCUGAGGACGUCGGACUCCGCCUACUGCCCGCACUACGAGAAGGUGAGCGGCGACUACGGACACCCCGUCUACAUUGUGCAGGAAAUGCCGCCGCAGAGCCCGGCCAACAUCUACUACAAAGUAUGAAAACUGCACUCUCCGGCCGAGACCCCCAGAAUCCCUCCGAGCCCUGCCCCCAGCGAGUCCCAAAGUCCCCGCCGAGCCCUCCCCCACCUCUGCCCGCCGCCGUCACCUUUCGCACCCUCUCACCAGCCACAAAAAAUCAACCGUGGCCAAACCCCACCGUCACACUUAAAGGUGUGCGCGAGGGUCCGCCAGCCCACUGGACACACAUCCCGGAACCUCCUCGAGGAGAUUCCCAGAAUGCACCUGGGAGUUCGCGAACGUGGCUUUUGGACCUUCUGAGAGCAAAAAGGACUAUAUUUAAAAAAAAAAAAAGAAACCAAUCAACCAGUGAAAGCCCAGACAGUGCUGAGGAACUCCUAGUUGCCUAGAACCUAGCAGAACCCGCACCUCCCUCCACAGUACCAUCAGCCAAUCAAAGACGCCCCCCCCCCUCUUUGCCGCCGACACCUUCGGGAUUUCUCAGAGCAAAUAAAGAGGACUGGGGCGGGGGCGAGGGGGGGGGGACUCUCGGAGUCGGCCCGAUCCGAAAAGUCAGGGUGGAGGUCAGCCGACCCGACCCGGGGGCCCGAGAAGGCCUCUGAGCUGUCGGGGCCGCGAGCUCUUGUAUAUUUUAAUAAAGUGUGCGUGCGCGUGUUAAGUAUGUGUGCGCGCGUGACUGUGGUCUUUAGACUUGUCUUAAAAAUACCAAAACACAAAAAUAGUGAGCGGAUAUCACAAAACAAAAACGACAACAACAAGAAGAAAAAAAAAUCCAAACCAGUGAGAUUUUUCUAUGGCCAUCAACCCUUAUAGAUGAUAUAUAUAUAUAUAUAUAUAAAUAUAAAUAUCUAGUAAAUAGAUGUUUUUUUUUCAUUUAUUUUCUAUUUUACCAGCUAAAACCACACCUCUGUUGCUAGCCCUUUUUUUCUAUUCUUCACAACUUACCGUGGCGCAAUAUGCCUUUUAUAUUCAUUUAAUCCCUUUUUAUUUUUUAUUUGUCGUCAACCCCCCCGCCCCCUUCGUCAUUAACACCCCCCCAAGGUGUUUGUAUAUUUUUAUAGCUUCUCGUUUGACGCUUGUAGUGUUAAAGUUUAGACUUCGUUUGUGGAAGUGUUGAAGGUAGAGCCAUCGAUGAUCGUUUUUUUUUUUUUUUAAUUCAAUUUUUUUUUUAAUCCUUUGUGUGGAAAGAAGAGAGGUGAGGGCAAAAAGAGAGAGAGAAAGAGAGGCUGGGAGGAGGACAAAGCGAAGCAAAGGACUGUGAGGAAGUUGCGCACGAACGAUUUAAAAAAAAGAGAGAAAAAAAAAAAGGAGGACUGAUGACGAAGGAUCCGAAUGGACGGGAUGAGGAGCAGCGGCCUCGGCGUCAAAAUGUGUUCCGGAGUUGGACUCAUGCAUCUCGAUCUCAAACACACACAUGCGCACACACAUUGUGUUACAUUUUUCGUGUACACACAUACACACGUAUACACACGCGCCUGUUAAUGACUGCUACACUGAUUGCAUUAAAACACACACACACACACACCCCACCCGACAAUUAGUUAAAAGUUUGUGCGUACAUCGAGUGCCGCCAAAUACACACACACACACACACACACACACACACACACACACCACACAGAAAAAGGCAAGCUAGUCGCUAGUCGCUAUUUUGUUCACGUGCUUAGCGGUAAAAGUUGUUUUGUGUUGCUCAGACACGUUUGUGGCUUUUGUGUGAAGUUGGUUGACAAGUGGCAUACACACACACGCACACGCACACAUGCGUACACACACUGCAGUUUUUUUUUUUUGUGUGUGUGUGUGUGAUCCUUCCUUAACUGUAUUUUGUAUCAGUACCUAACAUCAUCUACAAUAUGUAUUAAGAUGUGCUUUAAUUGUCACAUAUGCCCAUGUUUUGUUUUUUUUUUUUUGGUUUUUUUUUUUUGUAGCCUGGUUGCUUCCAGCCUAUGUUUGACGGUUUUAAAAUUGUGUUUUAAAAGAGGACACGUGGGUAGUAAUGGCGGGGUCGGUGUGUGUGUGUGUGUAUGUGGGGGAGGGGGGAUUGGGGGGGGGCGCUUUUGUACAACUCCAAACUCGUUUUGUUGUUUUUAAUGUGCAGCGUUGCCGUCUUUUGUCGAUUUCGAACACGCAGAGAGAGUAGCGCACACGCCCCGCCGAGGCCUCGGCGCCGACCUGUGCACGUAGUUGUGAUUUGUACAAAAAAAAAAAAAAAAAAGUGGGUCAGGAGUUGAGGGGGGGAGAGGAUUUCCCCCCCCCCCCACUUUCGGACUGCCGAGUUUUUUCAUGUUUUCACGUGGAUUUCAACAUCUCACUGUUUGUGUUUGACUUCUGGGGGAGUGCUAGCUGUAAUGGAACCAUGAAGUGGGGGGGGGGGGCGACUUGGCAUACCCGUCAUCGGCUGGUAAAAGUGUGUGUGUGUGUGUUUGUGCCACCAUGCAGCCCCUCAAAUGUGACCCAUUGUAUUUAGGGGGCACCUUUGCGUGAGGUGUGCCCCCCCCCCACCACCACCACCACCAACCCGAACCCCCGAUGCUCCCCCCCCCCCUCCACCCACACACACACACACCUCUGAAGAGAGGAAAAGAUGACUACAUUCCUGCUUUUGAGAGAGAGAGAUAAAAAAAAAAAGAAACAGUUGAAUAAAAAACAAAACAAAUGUUUA